AUGAUGGUUACCACCAAGGUUGUCUCCAACAUGCUUCUGUCCUACGCGGCUAUUUUCCUGUGGUGGUGUCUCGUCCCGGUUGGUGGUGCGGUCGCUCUGGGUUCUUCCCUCGAGCAGCCUGUUACGCCGCUGCUGAGGCCGCGAUCACAGCGGCUACAGCCGAGACAGACGUGCAACACUGCGACGAACAGGCAGUGCUGGACCAUGAGCCCGGCGUUCAAUAUCAAUACUGACUGGGAGGCUUCGACGCCGGUGACGGGUGUGACAAGGACUUAUACCUUUACGCUGACGGAGGUGAAUAACUGGAUUGGUGGAGAUGGGGGGAUCAAGGCGAAGGCUAUGCUGGUGAAUGGUCAAUUUCCUGGACCAACGAUUACAGGCAAUUGGGGAGACAGAAUCAAUGUUACCGUCGUCAACAACCUCGUCAGCAACGGCACAUCUAUCCACUUCCACGGCAUCCACCAAAAGAAUACCAACAACAAUGACGGCGUUAGUGGUGUGACCGAGUGCCCGAUUGCUCCUGGGAGAAGUAAGACUUACUCCUUCAUUGCGACGCAAUACGGCACUGCCUGGUAUCAUUCCCAUUUCUCAGCACAGUAUGGCAACGGUGUUCUGGGAGCCAUUCGCAUCAACGGCCCAGCAUCAAGCAAUUACGACGAUGAUCUUGGUCCGCUCGUGAUUAGUGACUGGUAUUACGGCUCGGCGUUUGCGCUGGCACACCGAGUCAACAGCCCUACGAAUCCGUACAUCCCCGGCUUCCCCGGAUCGCCACCUCCUAGUGACAACAUUCUGUUCAAUGGCCUGAACAGAAGAGCCAACGGUGCUUCGGGAAGCUAUCGCAGGUUCACCCUCACGGCCGGACGAAAGCACCUCCUCAGACUCAUCAACGGCUCAGUCCAAGCCAGUUUCACCGUGUCCUUGGUAGGACAUUCCUUCACCAUCGUCGCCACCGACAUGGUCCCUAUCACGCCCGUCACGGUAACAAGCCUCUACAUUGGCGUCGGCCAAAGAUACGACGUCAUCAUCAACGCCAACCAGCCCGUAGCCAACUACUGGUUCAACACCACCUUCUCCUCGGCCCCCUGCGGCGGAGCGACCAAUCGCCCAGCCAUGAUCUUUCAAUACUCCGGCGCACCCACCGCAAACCCUACCUCCGCGGGAACAGUCCCCCCCGACUCCCGCUGCGCUGAUUCUCUCAACUACACCCCCAUCGUCAGCAAGUCUGUCCCCUCAGCCUCCUUCACAACAGGCAACACCCUCAACACCCGCCUCCAAAUCUCCACCACCGGCGGCAUCUCCCGAGUCUACUGGCCAGUAAACAACACCCCCAUGAAAGUAAACUGGAACAACCCAACCCUCGAGUACGUCAAAAACUCCAACACAGGCACCAUGCCCGCAAACACAAACGUCAUCUCCGUCCCUACCGCAAAUCAAUGGACCUUUUGGCUUAUUGUAAACAACUCCUCCAUCCCUCACCCCGUCCACCUCCACGGACACGACAUCCUCAUCCUCGGCGCCAGCCCCGCCCUGGCCGCGCCGAUCAACCCGACUAAUCGGUUGAGGCCGUACAACCCCUCUGUUGAUGGCCCGGCCUUGAAAAUUGCGAACCCGACGAGAAGGGACACGACGAUGCUGCCGGCGUGGGGGUGGUUGGCGCUCGCGUACCGGACGAACAAUCCGGGGGCGUGGCUGAUGCAUUGCCAUAUUGCCUGGCAUGCUAGCCAGGGGUUUAGUGUGCAGUUUUUGGAGCAGCUGACUAGUAUACCGACGGUGAUGAAUCUGAAUGAGUUGACGGGGAAUUGCAAUAAUUGGGAUGCGUUUUACCCGAGUGGGGCGCCGUUUUUGCAGGAUGAUUCGGGGAUUUGAUUUCUUGGGUUUGCGGGUUUGUUUUGUUUUUUAUUUUUUAUUUUUUUGAUUGGGGGCGGAGGGGGGCUGUUUACUACUGGGACGUGUUUGUCGGUUUCUUGAGCACCUUGUUUUUCUUAGUUCGACCGUGUAUUUGUGCUCGAGAGUGAAUAAACGCUGUAUUAUUGCUCCUCAUUACAAACAUGGUAACGAAAGGGGUAUUGCAAACUCCUGUCUCUAGGUCUCAUGUUUCUCCAUUAUUUUUGCUCCUUCUUCCCAAACCCCAACCAACCCCCCGCCGCCUUCCCCCCAUUCACCACCCCGCUGCCCACCGUCUUCCCUCCCUCUACAACACCACCAACAAGGGUAUUCCCCGCCCCGCUGACGGCAUUGCUGUUUCCCCCGGGGACAUACCCGCCCUGACCAUCCUUGCCCUUUCGCUCAAGCCUGUUGACUCCCUCCCUGGAGAGUAAAUCGCCGACUGGUCUGCCAAGGCCGUCCUGGCCGAGCUGGGAGGAGGCAGUGGUGUGGAUGUUGUCUUGGAGGGUGUCGACUUGGGAGAUGCCGGUUACUUUUGUUUUGUCGAGGUUUUCUAGAGGGACGACUGGGUUAGUGGCUAUAGUGGCUAGGAAGGGAAAGGGAAAGGGAAAGGGAUAUACCUUUGGUGGUGUAGCUUGCUUUGUUGUCGCGGGUAAAGUAGCGGAGGUAGAGGUCUUCGAGGUAGGGAACCCAGGUUUCAUAGAGGGUGUUGUAUUGGGUUUUUGUCCACUCCAUUUUUUUGCUUGUUUUCGAUGUUCCGAUUUAGGGAAGAUAAGGUAGGUAGGUCAGGUGCGUGU